AUGGGGAGGGCGUGGACAUGGCUGGUUCCUCCCCUCCUCGCUGUGGCUCUACAUUUAGUGUGCUACACACCUGUGUUGUCCCAAAACUUCCCGGACGAAUUUUGUCGUGCUGUGCAGCUCAACUCUUCUAAUCAGGUCGUCGUCAUAAGUGAUGGAAGUCUCACUCUUUGCCUCAAUGUGACUGCUCCGCCAGGGACGGCCAUCAGAGCAACUCUUCAUAGGUCUGUGGCUAUUGUUUUCGACUACAGUGUCUGUGCCUUCUCCUUUGAUGGGUUUGAGUUUUUCUCCACUAGGUGUCGGGAAAAGAUUGAGGUGUUCUCCCCUAGAGAGUUACUAACAAUGGUGCCUCCUUACAACCCGGGAAGCCGACCUAGGUUCAGCUUUGAAGCCGUCUCAAAUGAACAGGUAUGCGGCAAUGGCGACCAUCUCUGUACUUUCAACAACGGAUCGUUUUGCAUCGGCGAAAAUACAACUUGCCUCUGUUUAACAGAUGGAUAUUGCUAUGACUAUGAAGAAGUAUGUCCUUACAUAGUUUUGGACUCAAAUCAAGCCGUCAGUAUUUCUGAGGAAGUUGGACUGUAUUCAGAAUGGAGUGGAGACGUUACCAAGGGAACCAGUUGCUGGGCUGUUCCGGUGCUAUAUGACAUUGUCAUUAACGUCACUUUUCAAUCCUCUGUUGACCAAUUUUUUACAAGAAUUACUCACAAGACAUUUGAAGGAGUUUUGAUUAAACAUUACGACAGCUUCGUAGUUCCAAGAACGGCCUCUUUCGUCAACGGCUUUGGGUUAAUCAUCCUCAGCGCAGCCCUUUACAAUGAAAGCUCCAAUUCAACAUUCUCUUUCAAUCUACAGAAAAAUCGAUUCAACAUCGACUAUUUUGGCGGCUACCAAGAAGGUAGAGUUACCUGUCGACCUGAUGAAUUCAAGUGCGGUACCGGUGGGGUUAUAUGUUACGAUUCUACCAUUGUAUGCGAUGGGCGUCAAGACUGCGACUUAUCAUGGCGACAUGAUGAACGGGACUGUGAUUACUGUGAAAACGAUGACCAAAUCAUUCUUCCGAGAAACUCGUCAUACGACAUCAAGUAUCCAGCCGGUCAGCUGAGAGGAGAUCCAACUAUCCUAACAUCCACAAGAGCCAGCUGCUCCUGGACAGUGCAAGCCAGUAGCGACCAAGUUAUCCGGAUUCGCUUCCUGGUUCCAACGACACACUCUCUCCUUAAAUGGUUUCAAUUGAAUUUCUUCGUGGGGUCACCGUGGCAGCCAGUUGCAGCCUUUUGGAAGUUUGACAAGUCGAGUAUGGUGAUUCACAGCUCCGAGGUCCGAAUCACGUUCUCAAAGAUUAUUUUCGAAUAUCCUUCUCGACUGUACCUGCGGAUUGAAUCUGAAUAUCCAGCGUCUUGUAAGAAUGAAACGGAAUUCAGCUGUGUGCCCGAUAAUGUCUGCAUCCCGAUCAGCAAGAGAUGCGAUGGAUUCCCAGAUUGUGACAGCAAAGCAGAUGAAAUAGGAUGUGGGACAUGUUAUUCACACCAAUUUCGGUGUUUGACGUCUGAUGGACAUUCAACGUGCGUGUUCAGUAGCUAUAUAUGUGACCAGCAGCCACAUUGUCAAAAUAUGUACGAUGAACUGAAUUGUGCUACAUGUGGUCCACCUGUCGAUGUAUCUGACGGUGGUAUCUACCAGCUGACCUCACCACACUCAUCAGAUUCUCAGCCAAUAACAUGUGUGUGGCUGGUCUAUGCUUCUCCUGGCCACCUCAUCAACAUCCGCGUCACCGACACAUCACUCAUCAUUUCAGGGAACAUCCGUGUAGGCUCUGGCCACGACCCAAGUAACGAGAGCUCGACAAUCAUUAACAAAUCAACGGGCACGAUUCCCGAGGGUUUUACGGUUCAUUUAGGAAGGGCUUGGAUAUCGUGCGUUGUAUCAAAUAAUAACUUCUCUUUCGAAAUCACACAGUUGAGUGAAGUAGUACAAUGCAACACCACAACCGAAUUCGCCUGUUCGUCUGGAGUGCAGUGCGUAGCUGCCGACCUACGCUGUGAUUCUUUACGCCACUGCGAUGAUUAUUCUGACGAGUUGGGAUGCUUAACAUGCAGCAAAGACCAGUAUUUGUGUGGUCAUCAGGGCGAAUGUGUGGAUAGUCAGCAGAUCUGUGACAUUUCCAAUGAUUGUGGCAACUUUGAAGAUGAAUGGGAGUGCUAUUCUACAUGUGGCCCAAGUCUAGUAAAUGUCAACAUCUCCGCCGUCCUAUCUGUGCCCUCAAUCCAACAUAGCAUAUACGUGUGCGUUUGGCAGAUUACCAGUGACCUCAACACUUACCUCACUAUGGAGGUUGUUACCAUGGAAAUAGGACCUGAAAGCUACAUAAGCUUUGGUAACGGGCACGAAAUAUCUUCCAUGCUCGCCAAAGAAACAGACAUGCAAGUUGCUGGAACCCUUUAUCUCUUCUAUGGUAAUCAGAUGUGGAUGGUGGCACAUAUCUUUAGCGAUGCAUUCGAUUUUGAGGCUACGCUAAAUGCCGGAACGAUCAGAGGUUCUUGUGACGCCCAGAGUCUUCAGAGCGGUUCCAAGUGCGUGCCUGGCAGUUCACGAUGUAACGGUAGAGCAGAUCUACCAGACUACUCGGAUGAAGUGGAUUGCGGUGUUUGUGGAACGACCAAUUUGAAUCUGUCAACUCACAAAGAAGUGGUAACAGUGGAAGUUGCCUACGGGCAUGACGGAUAUAAACAGCAGCUUGUAACAGUCUCCGUACGCGACCACCAAAAUAUCCCCCUGGUUAUCGCUAACACUACAUCCAACAUCAGUGAGUGCGUGUGGAAGGUCUCCUCGUCAAGGGGAACUCGCAUAGAGAUAACUGUUGCCAGGUUUGUCGGUACUAAUCUACGCAUCGGUAACGGCCACGACCCUAGUGAGGGCGCACCCAUUUGGUCCCAUUCUGAGACUUUGUUGUCUCGCAAGACACUGUUUUCUUCGGGUUCAGCUGUAUGGAUAACAACUGUUGUGUACAGUUACCAUUGGGAACCUUACCAGCUACAGUUUACCCUCCGUAACUUCACAAGUAUUGAUUGUGACGAGGGGCAGUUCGCAUGUACUUCAGAAACUAUGUGCCUGAACCAGUCUUCGGUCUGCAACGGGAUUCACGAGUGUCCAACUUACGCAGAUGAACUCUCUUGCACGAGUUGCCAGGAAGAAUUCCUUUGCUCAACAGGAGAGUGCAUAGCGAUCGAUAACGUGUGCAAUCGGUACUCUGACUGUCCGAAGCGGAAUGAUGAAUUCAACUGUGGUUUCUGCGGGGAAACAAAUAUAGCAUUGAAUGCUUCCGUUAGCCGAUUUUUCACGGCAGCGUUUGACGUAAAUCGUGAAAAUGACUGUGUGUGGACUGUCACCGCUGAACCGUCCACACGAAUUCUGAUCACCGUCACAACCCACCGAUAUUUAUCGACCACCUUUUGCGAUGGGAAUUAUGGAGACUUUGUUAGAGACAGCAACCGAAGUGGAUGUACAGAACUUGCCACCUUGCAAGGAUCCACUGCGGUAUUCCGUAGACAAGCUUCUUCGAGUGGCCCCGCGCUAUGGAUAGAGGACACUGUCCAUAGUUAUUAUGAUAACCGGGAUCUUACGCUUACGCUUAGCCAGUUCGUGGAUAUUGUGUGCCAAAAUGGAGAGUACAUGUGUCCCUCUGGGAGAACUUGUAUCGACCAAUCCGCUGUCUGCGAUGGCUGGCCAGACUGCCCUGAGUACGAGGACGAAUUUGGAUGUAGAGGUUGUUCCAAAGAGGAGUUUGCGUGUAGAACAGGCAGCGAAUGCUACGAAAAACAGCAUAUCUGUGAUGGAAGCCUUAACUGCAAUGACUUUUCUGAUGAGUUCCAUUGCGGUCCGUGCAGUGACAGGCAUGUCAACAUGACGCUAGGCUACGCCAAUCUUACCUCACCCGGUUGGCCAUGGAAUUACCCAACUAAUAUAAGAUGCUACUGGUUUGUGCUGGCUCCCGAGGAUCACAGAAUUCUGGUCAUAUUUCUUGAAUUCGAGACCGAAAAUCGUUUCGAUUACCUGAAGUGGUCCAGUGGGCGUACGUUAACGGACGGCCUCAAAAUAAGCGGAUCGAAUUCUCCCAGUAGAAUAGCGUCAAGAGGCACAGAAUUAUCCUUGCAUUUCUUUUCGGACUGGUCGAUCGAAGAGAAAGGAUUUUUACUUCAACUUGAACAAAGGCCUACAGACGAAAUCUCAUGCGAGGUUGGAGAGGUAAUGUGCCAGUAUACGGAGUUCAUAUGUGUGCCACCAAACACCGAAGUUUUGCAAUGCCCACAAAAUAAUUGCGGCGAGGAUACCGUGCUUGUGGAUUUUCUACCAGUGAAUUUCUCAUCGCCAAACUACCCGGCCAAUUACCCUGCUGCACUUGACUGCACGUGGACCAUCACUACUUCGUGGUUUCUCGUGAUUUUUGUCCAAAUCGAAGAUUUUUAUACCGAAGCUCUAUACGAUGUCGUGCAAUUUCAAGGUCCCACAUUUUACGGAGACUUGACUUCAGAUUUCAAGAUGGACGGCACAACAAAAGUUCGCAGUAUGGUCUUCAAUUCGUCGUCAAUGUUUAUUAAAUUUACAUCAGAUACUGCUAGGGAAAGGAGGGGAUUUCGAGUGUCGAUUGAAACCGUACCAAUUUUUAGCCCUCAUUUUACUUGGUGCGAUGUAGAUGAAUCGUCAGGUGAAGACUGUGAAACCAUGCUCAUAGAGGAAAUCCCGGUGUCGUGUGAUAUGCACAACAAUAGUCUUUUCGACUGUAAAGACGGGUCGUGCGUGAUUCCUGAAGCCAGAUGCGAUGGGUUUACAGACUGUAACAGCGGACUUGAUGAACAGAAUUGUGAAAAUAUACACUGCCCCGAGUUUUACGCGUGCAAUGUAUCCAGUAAGUGUAUCUACUGGCAGGAAGUAUGCGACGGCACGGCCGACUGUGGCUCUGGUGACGACGAGAUUGAUUGCGUUAACAAGCGCUGCCCUAACGGCUGUAAGUGCAGCUAUGACGUCGACGAUUUCCAUGUUCGGUGUCAACAAGGUUGGAGUCAAAACACCCUCGCCAACACUGCAAAAAGGACAGGGGCUCUGGAACUUUCUCAUGGUGACAUCCGUACCCUUGAGUUGGGUGCUUUCAAAGGGCUGCACUAUCUCCAGGCGCUGUACCUGACAGAUAACAACAUACAACAGAUAGACCAAGGUGCAUUUGCUGGGCUGAAUAUUACAUACCUGGAUAUUUCUAACAACAAUAUAACAAGGAUUGAUUCGCCCAUCUUUUACGAAUUGGAGCAACUCGAAACAUUGAUGAUGGUAAAUGUUCCCAUCAGGUCUAUUUCUGCGGUUGCUUUUCUGGGACUAUCAAGUCUUAAAACACUUGUGAUCAUAGCCAAACUACGAGGCGACAUGUUUAUCGAGGUGGAAAAGGGAGCGUUUCAAGAGUUAAAGUCGCUGCAAACUGUGUAUGUUGACGACUACCGUUUAUGCUGUGAUUUUGUAGAGUUAGAACAUUUCUCGGUCGAAACAGACUGCCGUACUACCGAGUUGCAACCACCACUAAACCUGUGUGGAAGUCUUUUGCAGAACCACGUGUUGCGCGUGGCUUUGUGGGUAUUGGGGUUGAGCGCCCUCUUGGGUAAUGUAGUGGUUAUCAUUUGGAGGAUAAAAGGCGCAGGUGGUAGAGGAGGUAAGAAGACGCAUUCAUUUAUGGUGUUGAAUCUGGCUAUUUCGGAUUUCAUGAUGGGUGUGUACAUGCUAAUGAUAGCAGGUGCUGAUCUUUCUUAUGGCGAGGCAUACUUCCGUACUGCUAGCGUGUGGCGGUCCACUGUGGUUUGUAAGAUAGCCGGAGUGAUAUCGGUCUUGUCCAGUGAAGCAUCAGUGUUUUUCGUGACACUCAUCAGCAUCGAUUGCUUCCUGUGCAUUGCGUUUCCAUUCAGUCGUGGUAUCCACCUCCAGGAUAGAUCGACUAAAAUUGUGGUAGGUUUACUAUGGUUUGUGGCUGUUUGCUUAAGCGUUGUUCCUACAGUCUCUGUUGGACCAGAUUCUGAUCUGUAUGGACUCUCUGAUGUCUGCAUAGGACUGCCUUUCACCACCAAAGCGGCCGGGGCUGACACCAUCCAAGCUGAAUUGAACACCAACAAUCCCCUAGGAAGCCAACAACUUACUCUUAAUGUUGGUACUGACAAGAAACCCGCCUGGAUCCUGUCUGUGGUUCUGUUUCUUGGUGUCAAUCUGGUUUGCUUCUUGGUCGUCUUUUGUUGCUACGUGGCCAUAUUUGUCAGUGUUAAAAGGUCGAGUAAGCUGGUAAGAAAGAGCGCUCACCGAAACCGCGAAAUCAAAAUGGCCGUCAAGAUGGCGGUGAUCGUUGGUACGGAUUUCGCUUGCUGGAUGCCGGUGAUCAUCAUGGGAAUUCUCUCUCAGACUAACACGAUUGACAUAGGAGCAGAUAUGUAUGGGUGGAUUGUUGUAUUUAUCCUACCAAUCAACUCCUCACUUAAUCCGUACCUGUACACGAUUUACUCGGCUUGCACGCCUCGAGCCACUAGCAAUAGUAACUCUAUAGACAAACCUGACAAAAAGAAUCGGAACACACGCUCGGUCGAAACAUUGGAUGUCUCAAUGUCUGAACUCAAAUAAAAAUAUGCAGACGCAAUGUGACAUGUUCAGAAUUUUGACGUAAAUGACAUUUUAAUGUUCAAAGUCUCAUGUAGUAUCGUUGUAAUCGUAAAGAGUACAUACUUAGACUGAAAAUCAUGAUGUUUGGAAUAAGUUUUUUGUCAAAAAAAAUCGUACUAAAAUCACACAACAUAGCAAUUUAAUUAAACAUACAUACAGUUAGUGGCAAUGUUUAGGAUGUACAUGUACAGUCUACAUAUAUUUCUGACAU